UUGCUUGCGGUUAGUGUCACUCCAUUUUGCUUGCGGUUAGCUUUCAUUUGUAUGUUAGGGUAACUCUAUAUUAAUUUAUAUUACUGUUCAUUACAUAUAGUUUAAAUUUUAACCUUUCCGGCAGCUGGCAGCACGGUGGUACAGUGGUAAGGAAGGGCACAGUGGCCCGAGUUCGACUCCCAGAACCCGAGAGGAAGUCACCCUCAAUCUACGCCCGUGAGGUAGAAACACCCCCAUCAUCCUUGGAUUCCUUGGAUUUGGUUCAGCGAUCGGACAUCCCUGGGUUGUGAAUGUUUUCUUGUACAUGUUAAGCACCACUGAAAAAUCAUCAGACAAACACAGUUAACAUCAGACCAUGACUAGCGUUGAUCUGUUGGGCGAUGAUGGAAGAGAGGCUCUGAAUGCUUGUGUAAAGGUCUGUAUAUUAAGUAAUCUUUCACAGCCCUCGAUAUCGGCCGUUUACGAGGGCCUGAUGGACGAUGCGUUGGAAAGUAAGAUAGUCCAUUCACCGACAGCUGUUGCAUUCGCAAGUGUGGUACUCGAUGCAGAAGAAAGACAGUUUCAAACUGGAUGUAUUGCCAAUGUGACUGGCACGUUUCCUAAGAUGGUAUUAGUACCGGGAACCGGAUUUUGCAAAGUGAUGGCAUCUCCGCGAUGUUGGCAGGAGUUGACAGACCUUGCGCUUAUAGCUGGUGGGAAAGAUAAAAUUCUACGUGAAUAUUCCCAGACUGAGGCUACCUUUGGAGACAGUAGAGACAUAUUUCCUACAAAGAGACAUGAAACGAAAGAUAUAGCAGUAAAGGUUUACCAGUCUUGUGACAGAAGCAAAGAUACUCAAGAGGAAACGCAGGAAAGUAAGCGACUUGUUGUUGAAUGUGGACAGACUGAGUUGGGCAGUGAGGGUGCCACUGCAAGUAAUUAUUUCAACAUUGGCAUAGGUUCAGGGUUUAUUCUUCAUAACCAUUUUAUAGUUACCAGUGCGCAUGUACUCAAAACCUAUAAUGAGGCGGAGGGUCAUCAAAUCCGUAUUUCCAAUGCACUAAUUGGUGAAUUACCUUGUAAGGUCGUAUACCAAGAUGCGGGUAAUGAUUUGGCUUUACUUUAUUGUCCAGAUCUUAAUUUAGAGCGAAGUGGAAUUCGUCCAUUGCAUUUGUCCAACCAGUCAUUGUUACCAGGCAUGCCAAUAUUUUCUUUUGGCUAUCCCAUGGGCUAUGCGGGAGAUACAGCUAUUUUUGUGACUGGUGACGUAUCCAAAAUAAGCUCGUCAGUGAUGUCUUUAAAUUGCCCACUCAACUCUGGCAAUUCAGGUGGUCCAGUAAUGAGUUGGAUCAACAACGGUCAGUUAAAGGUGGUUGGUAUUGUAACACAGAAGCCAUUCAAAGAGGUUCUUACAUUGGAAGAGAUUGAUGCUGUUGAAAAAAUACGGAAAUCAUUGCAAACCAGCGUUGUUAAUCCCCAACCUCAUCUGACGUUAAAACUGUAUGACAUACUGAAAACCCAUUCUCUGCUCGAUUUAAGUAAUGGCUUACCAGGAUGUUUAGUGGUUGAGUUUAUCAGGAACUCUACUGGUAAAUAUGAAGGAGAACACAAAGAAGAGUUAGCAAAGGUUGUCGAGUGGUCUAUACAGGAUGAGCUAUAGAUCAAUGAACUUUCAUUUACUAUGAAUCUCCCUUAUGUAUCUUAUCCGUAUGUAUUAUUAUGUAUCGACCACAUUUUGCAAUAAUGGUCUUAAAAUGGAUCAUUAUAUCUAUAAUUGAUCAAGGUCUCAUUUCCAGGCUUUGUUCAUAAUUAAUACCUAACUUUUUACGCCAGAAAGAAUACACAAAAGGUAGUGAGAGUAAAAGGGCUGAGAAAAAGGAAAGGAAAGGGGCAAGAAAAAAAUUCAGAACAGGCAAUCACAA